CAACAGUGAUACGUAUUCAUAUCUAUAAUAUUAACUUUAAGCCGUAAACUGUAGUAUAAAUUUUGCGUCCGAAUCACUGYAAAACACAAUGUACGACGAAGAGAUCGACGUAAAGGAUGCUGAAGAUGUCGACAGUGAGUCGUCGGAUAGCAGCAUCGACAAUGACAGCAGUAGAGAUCUGAGGACGCCAAGUGCCAAGCAGCGAAAACUUUUGAUGUCCAGUGGUUCAGGUCGGAGGUCUAGGUCCAGACUUCGAGCCGUGGAUUACGAAGAAGUGGAAGCGGCCGUGAAAGAAGAUCCAGACAAUUUUGACGUGCACGAAGCUCAGAGGGAUUACAAUAAAGACRUCGAACUUCUACACUUAUCUCAAGAUAUUAAAGACGUAUUCAAAUACAUAUCAAUGUACUACCCCCAGAAGACAAAACUUGAGUUCAAAUUGCAGCCGUUCAUACCAGAUUACUUGCCUGCCGUUGGUGACGCCGAUGCGUUUAUUAAAGUGAUUGCACCCGAUCCAACCAUACAGACUGGUCUCGGUCUGGAGUACUUGGACGAGCCAUGCCUAAAUCAAAGCGACCCGUGCCUACUCAACUUACAGCUUCGUGCGUCGUCUUCGUCAUCGUCCAAGUCGUUGGUGGGCUAA